AUGGACUUCAACAGCUCGUCCCCCUACCCAGAAGGUGUCAUAUCCUUUCUGGAUACUGACCUCUACAAGCUUACCAUGCAAUGCGCCGUCUUUAAGUACUUCAAGGACGUGCCUGUGACAUAUGGAUUCACCAACCGAACUCCCGAGAAGAAACUGUCGCGAGAGGCAUACCGCUGGCUAGAGGCCCAAAUAACCAAACUUGGGAACAUCUCCCUCCUCCCCGACGAGCUGCACUUCCUCCAGCAGCACUGCAAGUACCUCACGCCCGCCUACCUCGAGUUCCUCCAGGACUUCCGCCUGCACCCCCGAGAGCAGGUCACAAUUAGCUUCACCCCAACAGGGCAAGACACUGGAGCAGACACCGAUCUCGGCGACAUCCAACUCGACAUCAAGGGAUCAUGGGUCGACACCAUUCUCUACGAGAUCCCAAUCCUGGCUCUCACCUCAGAAGCCUACUUCAAGUUCAUGGACACGGACUGGAAUUAUGACGGUCAGGAAGAGAAGGCAUACGACAAAGGAACAAAGCUCCUCGAGGCCGGAUGCGUCUUCUCCGAGUUCGGCACCCGCAGACGCCGCGACUACCACACCCAGGCGCUCGUGUUCAGGGGCCUCGUCAAGGCGAGCAGGGAAGCCGAGAAGCGCGGCCUCCCCGGCAAGCUCUCGGGAACGAGCAACGUCCACCUGGCCAUGCGCUUCGGGAUCCCGCCGGUCGGCACUGUCGCGCACGAGUGGUUCAUGGGCAUCGCCGCCAUCAAGAACGACUACCCCCGCGCGACAGAGGAGGCCCUGCGGCACUGGGUUUCCUGUUUCGGCGAGGGCGUCCUCGGCAUCGCGCUGACCGACACCUUCGGCACCCCGGAGUUCCUCAAGGCGUUCAACAAGACCAUCGAGCGUCUCCCCGACGCGCCGGCUUCUACCGAGCACAAGCCCUCCCUCGCGGACGACUUCAUAUCGGCGACCAAGGAUGUCAUCGCGAAGACGGGCCUGGCGGACGGCACUCCCAAGCCCAAGACGUAUGCCGACGUCUUCACUGGCGUCAGGCAGGACUCGGGAGACCCGGUUGAGUUUGUCAGCACCAUGCGGAAGUUCUACGACAGCGUGGGUAUUAAGGACAAGAAGGUGAUUGUCUUCUCGGACUCGCUGAACAUCGAGCGGUGCUUGGAGUACAAGAAGGUCGCCGAGGACGCCGGGUUCCAGCCGACAUUCGGCGUGGGAACCUUCCUGACGAACGACUUCGUCCGCACGGCUGAUGGCUCCAAGUCCACGCCAAUGAACAUUGUCAUCAAGCUGAGCUCUGCGGACAACAAUGCCGCCAUCAAGAUCAGUGACAACAUGGGUAAGAACAUGGGAGACAAGGCACUGGUGGAAAAGGUCAAGAAAGAGCUAGGCUACGUUGAGAAGGAGUGGGAGGAUGGCGACGAGAGUCGCAGAUGGGGCGUCGACGGAGCCAAGAAUGCGUAG